AUCUUCCACCUUUCAGCGCUUUGCGUUUUUACCUGCAGUGGACAUCACGCACUGUCACGCGUGCACGCGCCCCCUCUCUCCGCGCACGCUCGCGCAUGCACGCAGCAGCAGCAGCACCGAGGGAGCGAUCAAUACACUAAAAGCCCGGAGAGGAUUUUUAACGGGAGCGGAGAAGAGACGCGUCGCGCGGGGCUGGAGGAACCGGAGGAACCGGAGGAAAACGGCAGGAACAAUGAAGCUCGGACACCAUGUCUAAAGCGACCGUGAAGAAGCUGCACUGGCGCUCGAAGGUGCAGGAGAGCUUCGUCCCGCUGGGCGGCGGCUCUGGAGAGCUGGGUCUGGCCAUCGGGGGCGGGGCAGACUACGGCGAGUUCCCAUUCGUCACAGCGGCCCAUGGGGGCGGGCCCACUGUGGGUGACAUCAUCUUAGAGAUUGGGGGGACGCCCGUGUUAGGGAUGACCCUCGGUGAUGUCAGAGGAGUCCUCAACUCCUGUCCUCAUCCAAUCAGAAUCAAGACGGUCUCUCCAGGUUCGUCCCUUUGUAAGGAUCUCAGGUUGUACCUCAGUAAGUGUUUCACUCCGGGCUCCAUGGACAGUCAGCUGCAGCAGCUCAUCAGAGAGAACCUGUACCUGCGAGCGGUGCCCUGUACGACCCGGCAGCCUCGGGAUGGCGAGAUCUCAGGUGUGGACUACAACUUUGUGUCCAUCGAGGAGUUUUUCUCUCUGGAGGAGUCUGGAGCUCUGCUGGAGAGCGGCAAGUUCAAAGGGAACUACUACGGGACGCCCCGCCCAGUCCACAUCGGUCCAGAGAGUCCACCAAUCACGUACCAGGAACAUCGAAACCUGCUGAGGAACUUCAGGACGAGGAGCAAGUCUCUGAGCAACCUAGAGAAGGCUGUGGAGGAAGGAGACAACAGUGAGGAGGACAGCGGACUGUCAGCGGGUUCAGCCGGAGUCCCGCCCACCAUCCUGCCUCUCAGCCAGUCGUGGGAGUCGGCAGUGGGGAGUCGAGAGGGAACAGAGAAUGGAGGAGGAGGAAGAGGAGCAGGGAGAGGAAGAGGAGGAGGAGGAGGAGGUCCACUGCCUGAGAACUGGGAGCUGGCGUUCAGUGAUUCAGGAGAACCGUAUUACAUCGAUCAUAACUCAAAGACGACCAGCUGGCUGGAUCCUCGAACUCAGAACAAAGAGACGACUCCCUGUACAGAACUCCCAGAGUUCACGGAGCAGCCCAGCCAGCUGAAGGGUUACUCCAUCCACACUCGGCUCUCUAAAGGUCCUCGAGGUUUCGGCUUCAACAUUGUCGGAGGAAGUCGACCCAGAGAGUUUCUGCAGGUGUACAGCGUCACACCUGGAGGACCGCCGGCUCUCAACACAGCGGACAUCCUGGUCUACAUCAAUGACAGCUGCGUGUUGGGCCGCUCUCAUAAAGAGGUGGUGGAGAUGCUGAAGGCGGUGCCGAUGGGUCAGAGCGUGGACGUGGUGCUGAGGAGAGGAUACCCGAUGCUUUACAACCCCGACGGAUGUCCCAAACAGAGUCUGGAGGCGCAGCCACAGACGCCUAGCGAGCCCCCCAACCCCCCAAACAUGAACCGCGGCCUAACGCACCUCACCUACAGCCGAACACUAGACGCCAACGGCAGCACGCCAGGCCUCAGCCACACCCCGCCCUCCUACGCUGCUCAGCCAAUGACAAACGGGCUGACAGGCCCGCCGACCCCCACUCCCUCUGACCCCCCUCUGGGUCCACCCCCCCUUCCAGAGAGGACAGCAGCCAAUCACAGUGACUCUGAUGGUGGUGUGUCCAACGCUGGAACACGGAGGUCUUCUCUGAUCUGCUACAGCAGCAGCACCCUCCCCGCCCUCUCCUCCUCCUCCCUCCUCCACCAUCAGAGCUCCAAGUCUUCGGAGAGUGACCUGUCGACGUCAGCGCUCCCCAUCUCCUCCUCCACGCUCCCCCACACCUCCUCGUCCUCCCACGCUCUGUCCAAACUGCCCCUCUCUCAGCCAGAGACGGGCCUCCUCCAAAACUCCACCAACCCCACCACCUCUAACAACCCCACCUCCUCCACCACACCUCCUGGCGCUCCUGUGCAGCGCCCGCCGAUGCCUCAGACCUCCCUCGCCCUGACCCCACCCAGAGACGUCCCGCCCUGUGGCUUUAAUGGCUGUCCAGCCAAUCACCAAGCGCCCUCUCCAGCCUCCAGAGGAAACCCGGGGCUGGUGCUCCCCCUCGGGGCGGGGUCACUAGGGUCGGCUCCUGGUGGGGAGCUCGUACCGGUGGCCCUCGGGCGCAGUGAGAGUGGGGGGCUGGGGUUCAGCAUGAUGGCGGGGGGGCAAGGAGGUCAGCUGGCGGUGGUGAGGCGGGUCUGGGAUCGAAGGCACUGCCCGUCUCUGCAGCCGGGGGACGCCGUGGUGAAGAUCAACGGAGCAGACGUACAGAGCCUCAGCUUCUCCCAGGUCCAGAGAGUCCUGCAGGAGCACACCAAACAGGGGGAGGUGGUCCUGCUGGUCUACAGAGGAGGUCCUGUCUCUUCACCAGUCGUCACCCCCAACCUCUAUAAGCCCCUCCCCUCCCCACACGGCCUGGCCACGCCCCCUCCCUCCCAUCCCCCGACUUCAGCCGACUUGCCUUCCCCGUCCACGGGUGCCUUGCUGGGGGGCGUCCCCCCGCUCAGCCAGGCUGGCUUGGUCCUGGAGAGUCCUCAGGAGGGCCACCUCCCGGCCCCGGGGACCCACCAAGGGGCCCCUCCUGCUCAGACGCCUAACGGGCCCCCAAGCUCGGCCCUCAUCCAGAGCACCAGCUUCCUGGACUCAGUUCCUGUGACGCUCACCUUGGAGCCUCGGGAUUUGCUGGGCGUAGAGGAGAGUGCCGGAGGGCCUCCUCCCAUCAGAGGGGGAGGUGGGGGAGGAGCACUGGGAGCAAUAGCCAAGGACGGGAGAGGAGGAGUUAAGACGGUGGAGGUGGAGCUGAGGAGACGGUCAGGAGAAGGUUUUGGAUUUGUCAUCGCCUCUCAGGAAGUGAGCGGUGGAGCCCCCUCCCUGAUGUCUCACCGGUUCGUGACGGUGCGUCGCGGCAGCCCGGCGGCUCGCAGCGGGCAGAUCCAACCUGGAGACCAGCUGGAGGCGGUGGAGGGUCGAGCCGUCGGAGGUCUGCAGCACCGAGACCUCGCCCAGAUCCUGAGGAGAGCCGGGAACACACUGAGACUGAGCAUCACGCCACGACACCACUCGUCGUCUCUGUCAGAAGGAGCAGAGCUCGAUAUCGAUGGCCGAUUGAUCAAAGGAUCCAGAGGGAGGUCAAAGGACGAGUCCAGGUUCUACAGUGUGGAUCUUGAACGAGGUCCUACAGGUUUCGGCUUCUCUCUGAGGGGGGGCAGUGAGUACAACAUGGGCCUGUAUGUACUGGGACUGAUGGACGGGGGGCCGGCUCAACGCAGCAACAAGAUACAGGUAUCCGACCAGCUGGUGGAGAUAAAUGGAGACAGCACGUCAGGGAUGACUCACAGUCAGGCUGUGGAGCAGAUCAGGAGAGGAGGACAUCGAAUCCACCUCGUUCUCAAGAAAGGAAACGGAUACGUGCCCGACUACGGCCCUGAGGAAGGAGCCCUCUCCCCCUCCUCCUCUUCACACACAGAGGAGCAACAUGUGGAUACAGUAACCAUGACAACCGCCUCCCUCAGCCAGCAGAGGGCAGGAGGAAGUGGUACAGGAGGAGGAGAAGGAGAAGGAGAGAGGAGGAGGAGGAGGAGAGAGGGAGAAACCAAACGGAGAACAGGAGGCAGAGGAGGAGGAGGAGGAGGGUUAGGGCCUCCUGAUCUGGACCUGGAUGUCGUAGAGGAGGAGGCACGGCAGGAGGAGGAGGAGGAGGAGAGGAGGAGGGAGGAGGAGCAAAGGAGGAAAAGAAGUCAGACUGUCAGGCAGAAGGAGAAGCGGGACGACCAGAGGGAGAAGGGGAGGAGGAGCAGGAGCUUACCCAGGAUCAGCGCUCAAUCCUGGGACACAUCGCUGCAGCAGGAGGGGGUGGAGGUGGAGGAGUCCGGAGGAGGGUUGAAGGAGAGGAGGAGGAGGAGGAGCGAGACAAAGAGCAGGAGGAGAGCAACAGAGGCUGACAGGGAGGAGGAGGAGGAGAGGGGAGAGAGGAGGGAGGAGAGACAUGACAGCACCACCCGCCACGCAAAGCAUUCUGGGAGCUCAGGUGCAGCGUUCUCCUUCCUCAUGCCAAUUGAUGACGACGGCAGGCGCCGCCGUCCGUCUGACAGCGAAUCAGCAGCCAGCUUCUCAGAGGUCAGCCUAUCAGCAGCCAGCAUCGCCACGGCAGGAUGGAGGGAGGAUUGGAGGAGAGCCGAGUCACCGUGGCAACAGGGGAACGCCCCCGGCCCCUGGCUGAAGCCGAGCCAGCAGAGACUGACAAAGGUUUUGAUUGGCAAUCGGCUCAGUGGGCGGGAACUAUUGGGCGGGCUCUCUCUCUGAUUGGCUCCUGGCGUGGACAUUUUUCAUUCGCUGAAUUUUUUUUUUUUUUAUGGCUACUUAUAAGGGCUUUUUUGAUUGGCUUGCUGAGAGAAGACCCGCCUCUUCCUGCGUCUUAUUGGAUGACAGCAGACUUUUCUGAUUGGAGGAUAAGGAGCAAGCAGACACUGACUUUUUGAAUGGCUGGUGGGCGGGUUUUGAGGCCUCUGAUUGGCCAAUGACAUAACAGCUGCACACACAGCCGUCGACUUAACCAACUAUGUUGUUUUUAUUUUACCCAUCAUCCCUCAGUGCAUCCUCAGACCUGUAUCACGACGCCAGAUCAGUGUGUUAUCAGCCAUGUCCGGGCUGAACUCAGACUCUCUGGUGUCACGACGCUGGUGCACAGAUCACCAUGGUAACAGCAAGGCUAAAUCACCAUAGUAACAGAUGCUGACAUUCUGCGGAGCAGGUUCACCAACCAAUCGUCAUCAUUACUGGAUCCAGACGUUUUCUAACAAAGAUCAAUAGAUAUUUUAAUUGGUCAGUCGUAUCUGAUGAUCUGAGAUUAAAAAAAAACCCUCAGGUCUCCACUGGUUAGCUAACGUUAGCUUAUGAAUCUCUGUGCUGUUCACCACCACAGGGUCAAGUGGGAGCUAGCUAGCACACUGCUAAUUUUAGGUCCUGCCACUGGGAUGGCAACACCCAUUUAGCAUUGUCAACUAUGCUAGCACCAUUAGCUGUGCCGACACCGCUUAUGGUGCUAACAGAGCACCAUAAGAGCUAAGCUAGGUAACGAUGCUAACCAGCGUUUAUGGCUCAAUAUUGAGCCAUUUAAGGCUCAUUUUUGCUCCACGUUAAAUAUGGAGACAGACACAGCCUUCUGUCCGACUCUGAGUUCCUUUUAUUGUAUUUGUCCAUGUUUCCUAAGAGCUUCAGCUCUGCGAUGAACUGAUUAAUGUUUCUUUGUUGGUAUUUCUAGUUAGCAAGUUAGCGGUUAGCUCAGCAGCUGAUCAGGUGAGUCAGCACCAAACUUCUAGAACCAAAUAUUUUGUAAAAUAUACCGGAUUAAUUUUGCAGGUUUGAGCAGAAUGUUUCUCCAUGAAUCCGUCCUGAACGUCUUCCUCACGUCACACUGAUCCACAGUGUCACUGUGAUGGAUUAUUGAUCAUUGGAUGUGAUCAGCUGCUCAGCGUCAUGACACCAGUGAUCAGGAUCAAUAAGACGAAGUGAUACAGGCUCUGCUCCUCUCUGUUUGUGACAUCAUCCUCAUCCUCAUCCUCAUCAUCAUCGUCUCUCAAACUUUAAACUCGUAUGCAAACAACAUGAGAACCUUUGUGUGUAAUCUGAGCAUGUGAAUAUCUCCGGAAUGAUUUUUUAUUUUUAUAAACAUGUAAAGGCUCAAUGACGUUAAUAUUAAUAUUAUUAUUAGAGAUUAAAUAGAACAGAGAUGAUGGAUCUGCCUGCUUGCUUGUAAAAAACAAAACAAAAAAACUUUGCCCUGAUGAUGUAACAGAGCCAUAUACACACACACACACACACACACACACACACACACACACACACACACACACACACACACACACAGAGUUCAGGUCCAGCUGUGGUCCUGUUGGCUGUCAAUAACCAUAACAUCGCCAUGGCGACUUGGCUGACAAGAUGACCUGUUUCUAUAGCAACAGCCAUGGUGGAGCAGGACGCUCGGACCUGCAGCUCUGGAUCAUAACAAGUGCCUCAUUUGAUUUCAGCCUUCGUCCUGCAGACUGCAGGCACAGACGCCGCCACGUCACACCCUGCCACUUCCUGUUCACGCCCCGCCACGUCCCUUCACGUCUCAUCACACAACGUCAAGACCUGACAUACACCUCCGUGCCCACGUCCACGUCCCCACAGGUUGCUGAACCCCUGUCUCUGCACCUUUGACUUAAGGAUUAAUCUGUCAUCAAGGAAACUACAGAGCCAAAUAACCCAGAUUAUUAAGUAACUUGUUAUUAUUUUAUUAUCAAUUAAUCUGCCAAUUAUUUCCUGGAUGAAGUGAUUUGUCAGUUAAUAUGAUUUAUCUAGAAAACGUCAGAAUCAUAAACAAGGUGAUCAAAUAUCAGCAAAUCUUCACAUUACGGAGCAGAUUUUUGUCAUUUUUUUCCUUAAAAAAUGAAAAAUUUCUGUCGACUGAUAAAUCGAUAAAUUGAUUAGUUGAUAAAUCGUUGCUGCUGUAGUUCAGGAGUAGUUUCAGGUUUAGGUCUGUUUCAGUGCUGUUGUUUUAAAGACGUUUCUUUUUUACAGCAGAUUAAAAACACUCAGCCAAAGAUUGUUUAUGAGUGACGACGCCUCACUCUGUAACACCAGAGUGUUUCUGUAGUUCAGUAACUCAGCAGAGUGAGACCUCUUCCCUCUAGUUAAACCUUUAUUCAUGUCGGAUCAAUAAUUUAAAUAUUUCAGAAUCAGGACCUUGAUCGAUCAGGACGUCUCUCUGCGUUACUGUAGUUUAAAUGUCUGAACACACCUGAUUGUUUCCUGUAUCCCGCCAAAAUAAAAUGUAGCAUGUAAAGAUGUCAAAACACAUCACAGACAUUUCUGUGGCGUCAAACUCCCUCAUCCAUCCAUGACAUCAUGCUGUCUGUCUGUCCGUCUGUCUGCACACCUUUUUGCAGUUACACUACAGCUCCCACACACCCCUGCGCUGCCCUUUAGCCCCGCCCCCUCAGCCUGCUCUCUAUAAAGGGCAAUUUGGAUCUUUCUUCUUCUAUGCAUUUUCUAAGACUGUCUGCUGGUGAUCGGUUCUCCGAUCGGUUCUCUGAUCACACAGCCUGGACUCUAACGCUUCUAACGAUGGUCUGAAUAUUCAGGUUCUGGUCCAAAGACGACCAGGAAGGAUUCAAACGCUUCAUCAUCAGAUCUGCUCUCAGACAGCAGGAGGAACGUCACAGGGGAACAUCAUUACAAAAGAAUGUCACAGAGGAACGUGAUUUGAGAACAUGAACGAAGUGUCCGUUGGUGUAAUAAAGUGUCAGAGAGCAGCAGUGGGCUGUAAACACACAGCUGACUGAAGCAGCCUGAUGAAAUCUGUCAGAAUAUAAACUGUAACUGUAGCGUACAUGGGGGCAGGACAUGAUUAGCCUAGCUUAGCAUAAAGACUGGAAACAGGGGGAAACAGCUAGCCUGGCUCUGUCCGAAGGUCACAACCUCUAAAGCUUAAAAUGUGUGCUGGAAAUGUUCCUCUGACUAGUUGUUUCCAGUCUUGGUGCUAAGCUAAGCUAACCACAUCCUGACUCCUGCUCACACACAGACAUGAGACUCUCUGAAAGAGAGAAACUGUUUCCCAAACUGUUGAACUAUUCCUUUAACAUGCUAACGCUAGGCUCAGCUAGCUUUGUCAGCUGUGAGUUUGUAACGUCUUCUUCUUCUUCUUCUUCUUAAUCAAAUUGAGACUUCCUGUCACAGUUAACGACCUCCACUGAACUUUACUCACAAUUAAAAACACUCAUUAAUUAAACUGCAGGCACAUUAUUUCAUUUUCAAUCAACCAGAUAAUAAAAACAAACCUUGUAUAGUUAAUUCUCGACAACUGGAACCCUGAGUGUCUCAAAUCACACACUUCUGUCAAUACACACAUAAACCAAACUUAAACAACAACAACAACAACAUUGUGCCGCCAUAGCAAGAACCACAUUAGCUAGCUCGCAAAUGCUAACGUUAGCUCCCCAUUAGUAAGGAACAGUCCCUAACAGGAAGCAAAAGGCUGUCAACACCUUGGCAGGUGGAACAUCAAUCAAACAGCAACCAAAGUAAAGCAGCAAGUUGCUAGGUAACAGUACGUCACUACGCAACGCAGCGGUUCUCCUUUGGACAGUUAUCAGAUACCUGUGCAGGUGUGUUGUGUCUCUCACCUGUCUGUCCUCAGGUGCAGCUCCUCCUUCGGUCUCUCCUCUCACAGGUUAUAAUCCCUCUGAGCUCACAGUUAGCACGCGGCUCUUCACCUGUCUGCAGGUACGCUCGCCAACCGCGGGAAUUUAAACCACACCCACAAUGCACCUGUGCCCUGCAUAGAAACUCUGUGGGUGUGUUUGAUUUGUAACACUGAGCGUUCCCGCCGGGCGGUGCAUUUAUGACUGUCCUAUGUCUUUAGGACACAAUGUGAGCUGAACAUAUUUCAACUGAAUAUUAAUAAAAAAUAAAACAGGACCAAACAAAAAAGGACAAAAGUAAAACAAAUGGAACAUAAAUUAAAAUAAAACUAAUUAAAAUAAAGACGGUGCAGUGGAGGGAAGUGAUGAACAACUUUCACAUUUAUAGCAGUUUAUUUCAGAUCCAUAAAAAGGAUAUUUUACUGCACUCCAGAACAGAUUGUAAGUUUUAUAAAACAUGAUGAACUGCAGAUUUAAAGAUGCUUAAAUGAGCUCUGUAUAAACCAGGUUCCAGAAUAAAAUGCUCCUCACAUGUCACAGUAAUGAUAAUGUACAAACUACAUAUAGAUAUAUGACACCGUUAUUUAUUAUGUGACCCCUGGAAGUUCAAACAUGGAACAAAAUGACACGAGCAAACUGGACCAAAAAACAAUCCACAUCAUCACCUAAAUCACUGGUGUCCAACCUGUGGGUCCCCACCCCCACAAGGGGUCACCAAAACUUCAACAGGGGGUCACGAGGCCUUCUUGAACCAGGCGGUUCUAAGCGUGCUCCACCCGUCCCAUAACGCCAAACACAGGCGUCUUUAUGUCUUUAUCCACUCAGUGAGGUGUUUUAACUGUGACGGGUCCUGCUGGCCACAUCAGGUGAACACAUGAAUCCUGCUGACCUCAUCAGGUGAACACAUGAAUCCUGCUGACUUCAUCAGGUAAACACAUGAUGAUGCAUUUUAUGUUGAAGCAGAGUUUCCUGUUCAUCGUCACAGUUUAACGAACAGCUCGUCUCUGUUCAGUCUUCAGUUUAUACCUCGAGCCUUCAGCAAUAAAAGCCAUCGCAUCUGAACACGGAGAGACGGGAUUCAGUCCAGAGUCACAAACACACCGACACAUCCUGCUGCCUGUACAUGAUGAUGAUGAUGAUGAUGAUUUAUUUUGAAAGCAUCUGACUGAGGUUUAGCUCCACGCUGACUGUCGCUCUGAUGUGAGCGUCAGUCAGCGUCAUGGUUGUUGGUUUGAAUCCCGUCGUCUCUGUUGCCUCAGUGAAAAAGAAGGAGCUCUUUUAUUUUGAAAAGCUCAGAGAACAGAUGUAUUUUCUUUUUCUUCCUGUUUGAAACUUUAAUGAUGUCACUUGUUGGACUGUUAAAAAAAAACACAAUCAGCCGUCAGACGCCCACAGACUUCUACAUCAGGACCACAUUUCCCAUCAGCCCCCGGUGCUCCCAGUUCCUCUGAUGACCACUAGAUGCUGCUCAAAAUUACUGAUGUAUUAUCUCAGAAAUAUCUCAGACUUAAGAUUUAACAAAGUCAAUUUAUAAGUUUUGUGUUCUUUAAUUACAUAAGUCAAAAUUUUUGAUUGGAAGUUAAAGUCAUGAGAUACUGAGUAAAAAAAUAUUUUUCAAGUCAGAUUUAAAAAAAAAAAAAAAAAAAGAAACAUUAUUUGAAAACUUUUACAUUUUCAAAGUCCAAAUUAUGACUCAGCACCUGUUCACCUGUUCACCUGUUCACCUGAGACUGUGUGGCUCUGCCCGCUGGUUGUGGUUCAGUUGAAGCUUUAUUGAGAUCAGUAUCAGGACAGUGAAGCUGCUGAAACAGGAAGUGCAGACUGAACUGAAAAAGAAAAAAAAAAAGUUUUAUAAGUUUCUGAACUUUUCACCAUUUUUGCAAAAAAAAAAAAAAAAAAGAGAAACGGGCAGAAAAAAAUUAGCUUGGAUGCAAAAGUAAAAAAAUAUUUAAAAAUUUAAAAUAUUUAAAAACUGUCCAUUUUCAACCAAUCAGGACGCAGCCAGUAUAUCAACCUGUCAGCCAAUCAGCUAGCAGCUCAUCAGCCCAGUCACAUGAUGCCAUGGAUGUAUUUAAGAACUGGAUGUGUCCAUGAAAAAAUCUCCUGCAGCCCAAAACUCAUUUUCCCAACAGAGCAGCGUUUUGAAAUCCUGCAGACAGAAACCUCUGCACGUCGACAUGCUCAGUAUUGUGCUGUUUGUUUUUGAGUCAUGGAGGUUCAAUCAUUGUAAAACUUUUCCAAAGAAAAGUCUUUUUUUCCCUGAAUGGUGUCACCGCUGUGUGCGAGCACGAUGCUACACGUUCACUAAAGCUCACUUUAUAUUAUUCUGAGAACAGUCACUAACACAAGCAGCGAUCAUGACACUAUGAUGAACUUCACCUGUGUUUAAUUUAUGUUUCACCUUUUUAACGCAGAGCGGCGCUGCUGUGUCCAGAAAAACAACAUCAGACUUUCACCCAGGUGGUUUGCUUCCUGGGUCAAUGUUGAGCCAAACCAUGAUCAUGAUGUUGUUUUCUAAACCUAAUCAUGUUCUUUUGUUGCACAAGGAAAUCAGUGUAAACACGAGGUGUUUCAUCAACAUUAUAAGUUUAUUUUGAAUAAGACUGUCAUCUAACGAGCAGACACCGUAUAUUUCUAGGUGUAAAAUGACAACAACAGACGCAUCCAGGGCACCGAGCAUCAUAUGUAGUCGAGAGAGUCCACUGACCAAACAGCGAUAUGUGACAAGUUGGGAUGAGAACAUGUUGGCAGCGCCAUUCUUUAUCGGAGCCUCACAUUCACACUCAAAUGGGAAUCCUUCGCCAGAUACAGUCUGUCAG